AUGGGUGGCUUGAAGAGGAAGAUUGAUACAGAGAAGAAGGUAGAGGGGAAAAAACCACGAGCGGUUACAUUCUCGAAACGUCGGAAGGGCCUUUUCAGCAAAGCCGCAGAGCUUUGUCUUCUCUCCGACGCUCAGAUUGCAAUCUUAGCUACUCCGGUUUCGUCUAAUUCACACAACUCUUUCUACACUUUUGGACACUCCUCUGUCGAUAGCGUUGUCGCUGCUUUCCUCGCUGGUCAGACUCCGACUCGGGAUGACGUACUCGACGAUGAUGAAAAGUUAGGGUUUUGGUGGGAAGACGAGAGUCUCGCCAAUUCGGAGAAUGCGGAGGAAUUGGGCGACGCGAUUGAUUCAAUGAAGAGGAUGUUACACGAUCUCAAGGAGUUGCAAAGAGAUCAUCAACACGUACUAGUGGAGAAGGACAACAACAACAACAAUGCUUCUUCUUUUACUUUACGUGGAAACGACGACGUGGGUGAAGGAUGCAGCAACUUUGAUCAAAUAUUUGAUUCGGUUGAUGAUGAGACUCAAUCUCAAGUUAUGCCCAUGAUCAAUUUGGACGACGACGACUUCUUCUCUUCUGAUUUCUUCAAUGAAAUUGAUAUUGAUGCUCUUUAUUAUGCAUCUACAAACUUUUAA